AUGCAUCAACAUCCACGGUCGCCGGCGCCGCAAGCGCCUGCCUCGAGCAGGUCGAGCUUAUCUCGUUCUGCCGAUCGCAGAGACCCCGAUUUCCGCCCGAAUUCCCCCACGGCCGAUGUCCGCAUACAACAUAGCAGAGGCCUGGGCAUUGAGACGGAGCCUGCCUCGGAGCAGUCGCAGAGUACCCCGCCUGGAAAGGAGGCGCUGGCAAAGCUCAAUCAGAUCAUCUCGAAUUAUCACACUAAAGCCGCCUUGAUCAUAUUGCAUUCGCGAGUCGAACUCCCACCGUCGUUUGUCAAGGGCUCCGACGCCCCGAAAGUGAACCGCUGGUUCAAUGUCGAGAUGGAGGAUACGGAUGCUCUUCGAGAACAGUUGCGGACGUGGAGGAUAUGUGAUGCGACCGAGAAUCGACCCCCUCCUUUAAUCAUCGAAACCUACCUGGAUACGGCAGGUCUCACAAAUAAUCAGAGUCUUGUUGCAUUAGAUGAGAAUGGGAAGCGAUGGGAUGUGCUUGAAUCUCUCGCAACGUCACGAGAGGCACAGCCCGUUCGACCUCCAUCUUCCAAAUCCGAUGAUGUCAUUUUGGAGCGGUGGAGAGUUGAGCUGGGAGAUACGUCCAACCGGCUCCCAACUGAUCUUGCUUCUAUCUUGCCGACGAUAUACAAAAAGAGCAUCGUGCUCUUCAGAUCUUUAUAUGCGUAUUCCAAAUUCUUGCCCGCUUGGAAGUUUGCCAAACGCAAUGGACGGCUGCGGGCCAACCCGGCCCUACGCAUCAAAUAUAGACUCCUCAGUGGCAAAGCUCCUCAAGACACCCCCAAGCCGGAUCACCUGACUAUUCCUCUCUUUGAAGGAAAUAAUAAGGUGGUGGAAACGUAUAGUUUUGGGGUCACGGAAUCGCCUGCUGGUCCAUUUUCAGUGCAAGUCACUUAUCGAACCAGUUGUGACUUUAGAGUGGACGAUGCAGAGGCUUUGCUCAGCUCACGUUUCAUGGGAGCUGACGAUGAAAUCUUUCGUCCAUCGUUACCGAACAAAGAGUUGCAUGCCAAAGCACCGAAUCCUGAACUUGGGUCGGUACCACUGGAGAAGAGAACCGUCGAUGAUCCAGACCCAAGCCAGGCGUACGGGAGCCUGUCAACUUUCCACCAUGUCGGACCUACGACAAGUGCAAGCCCAAUUUCCGCGCUCCGGGCUGCAAGGAAUUCAGGCACGUCGUCUCCCUCCCCGCCUGGCUCCUCUUCUCGUCGACCUCUGUCCAUGGCCAAGGCUAGUCCUGCCGGCCGUGCCGCUGUCCUCGCCGGAGAAGGCAGUCCCGGGAUUGGAAGACGACCGUCCAUUUCCUUCCAACCGUUCAAAGCCCCGCCGCUAUCUGCCUCACCGUCGUUGGUCGACCCUCCACUUGGCGUUUCUCCGCGCUCGGGGCCAGGAUCGCGCACCGAGGCUCGGACUAUGCCUCCCCCAUCGAUGGCCGCGUCGGCGCGCAGGUCCCUAAUCGCGGCCCCGGACAAUGCCAUUGCCUCCUCCAACUCCGCGUCUCCGCGACCCGCUCCGAUCUCGAGAUAUAGUAGCGCUUUCAGCCAUCGCCGAGGUAGGCCCUCUUCCGGUGGAAUCAAGGCUGAGGACGAUACCUCUAGUGGCAAAGCCAGUGCGACGUCUUCUGCCCAGCCUGGCUCUGGCCUACUCGCAGAAGCAACGGGCACGAGUGCAGAGUCCAUCCAUGCGGACGAUGAGAAUAUCUCUGAGUUCUUGAAAAUGCUUGAUUUGAAAAAGGAUCUGUUAAACCCUUCGAAGUCCACCACUCUUGACGCUGCUGCGCGUAGAACCACUGCCACCAGUGCCGCUUUAACCCGAUUCCAGCGUAUGAGAGAUUCGAAUGCAGCUCUUUCAGACUCAAUGUCGUCUUCCUUGCUUUUGCAGCGUUCAUCCAAUUCUUCGAGCAAGCAGCUCUCGGGCGUUCCCCCCAUGGUGGCCGGCACAUCCAUCUCCACGGCGUCGUCACCCGGAAAGCCAAUAUCCCCUCAUACGCCACACACUCCGGCCAUCCCCUCUCGCCUCAGCUCCAACAGUAUUGUCGAUUACAAUGACCCCAAUCACCCCGACCAACGGGCCUUGCCUGGAGAACAGGACUCCUCCCUCGACGAGAACAGCGAUGGAACGGAGCGAACGCCAUCCGCCGUGAACCCAAUCGACAUUCCCACGUCGCCGAGGGUCUUCCCUCCCGUCUACCGUCGCUCUAGCUCUGCCGCACACCGCCGCCGCACGAUCGCUGUUGACGAAGACGAGAUCUUCCCCUUCAACAUGCGAAGCGUGAGCUUGGGAGCCGAAGAGAGGUCUAAUCUCAGUCUGAGUGCACUCCAUCGGCAACAUGAGUACGAGACCAAUGAGACCAACGUGGACCAAACGCAGGAGCAGCUGCGUACUACGCCGCUGACCGAUAACCCGGACGUGACUGCGACCUCAACGGCGCAUGAUCCGGCUCAGCAUCGAAGUUCAUUAGCCUCCGGAGCCACAGUCGCUUCUACAUCGUCGACCCAUCACCACGUAUACCAACCACGCUUUAGCAGUUCUCGUGGUCGAGGGUAUUCCGGUGGUCUUCAUUCUCAUUCUCUCAGUUCGGGCUCGAGCAGUCUCGCGCGUGGAGCCAUGGUCCCGCCGUACGCGGCAGACCGUGACAAUGACCGCGAAGGGACCGGGAGCGGCAGCAACAGCGGAACUUCCGCCUUGGAUGAACGCCGCGGGGCUGGACGACGACCUAGUGCCGGUCGUGGUGGACCUCCCCAGCCAGCGGAAGAGGAUGAGCCCUUGCUAUUUGCGAUGAGCGAUUUCGGCGCCUCUCGCCGCAGUUUCGAAGAGGGUCGACAUGGCAAUCACUCCGCGGAUACUGGUGGUUCCAGCGCAUCUAGACGAGGCAGCGGUCGGCGAGGAGGAUUAGCAGGAUUUCACGUCUGGUAG